AUGGCCUCUAGUUCUAAUAUUGAUGCUUCAAAUUCCAGCGAUGAUGAAGCAUGGGAACAAAGCGUUGCCGAACAUAAUCGCCAACUUGAUCGCAUCAUUGAGGAUGUGGUCAUCCAGGCCGCAAGUCUAUCUGUACAACCUACCAAUCAUGCCGUUAGAGGAAGGAGGCGGUAUAUUGAAAGAAGACGUGAGAUAGGCCAUGAAGGUGUGUUCGAGCAGUACUUUUCAGAAGAUCCAAUCUAUCCCCCAGAAUAUUUUCGAACAAGGUUUCGCAUGCGAAAGCCUUUGUUCGAACGUAUAAUGAACAAGCUCAUCGCCACCGAUAGAUUUUUUCAACAACACCCUGAUGCAGCUGGCCGUCUUGCCAAUUUGCAUGACGAAUACUUACGAAUGAGUGCCCAAGUCAUUCGUAAAUCAGUCAUCAAAUUUGUUGAAGGUGUUAUUUCCAAUUUCGGAGCUGAGUACCUCAGAAAGCCAACUGAAGAAGAUAUGGCAGCUUUUCUUCAUAUCGGAGAACGGCGAGGGUUCCCAGGCAUGAUGGGCAGUAUUGACUGGCAAUAUGCAGGACGAAGCGGUACGCCAACAAUUAUUCUGGAAGCAGUUGCAUCACAAGUUCUAUGGAUCUGGCAUGCAUUUUUUGGAACCCCAGGUUCAAGAAAUGAUAUCAAUGUACUUGAUCAAUCGCCUGUUUUUGAUGAUAUCUUGGAAGGUCGAGCACUUAAGGCGGCAUUUAUCAAAUCUAUUCCUGCUCCACAACUUCGAAAGCAUCAGUUGUUUGCUCAACAUCAAGAGGCUGCACGAAAAGAUGUUGAGCGAGCAUUUGGAGUUUUACAAGCGCGUUUUGCUUUUAUCAAGCGGCCAUGUCUUAUUUGGGAUCGUGAUAUUAUGGGAAAAAUAAUGAUUGCUUGCAUCAUCAUGCAUAAUACGAUAGUGGAAGAUGAAAGAAGCAAUUACCUUAACUAUCAUGAUCCUACAGAAUUCAUCGAAGAUCGACUAAGACAGAAUACUCGUCGAAGUGAAGAUGGAGUGGAAACUAAUGAUUUCAUAUACUCUACGAAUAGGAUUGCAAGCCUAGCGAGCUAUAUGAGAACUAGGUCCCAACUUCGCAAUAGAGAAGAUCACAGCUCUCUAUUACAUGACUUGAUUGAGCAUAUAUGGCAAAAGUUUGGAGAUGAUAAUUAA